CCAAAGUGUUUUUACGACAGUUUUACACACAUAUGGCCGUGACACUUUGCGGCAGUGUGCCUUGUGCCUCAUAUGCUAGGUAGCACUAGGACUGCAGUGGUCAGAAGGCAAUGUGCAUUUGGCUGCCCAGUGCAGAGACACUACAAGGUAGAUCCUUAAAGGCUUUGAUUUUGACAGUGCUUGUGAGUGUGUUUAUGUUCCAGCUGCUGAGGACUGUUGGUCUGAGGGCAUUUUCUAUGGCAUCUGAGACGUACAUUUCAGGCACCCAUUCUGCCGCUUUCGUCACCUGUCCUAAUGACGCAGUGGCUAAAGACCUGGCCAGGGGUAUUGUGGAAAGGAAGCUAGCUGCUUGUGUCAACAUUGUCCCAGCAAUAAAAUCUAUAUAUGAAUGGCAGGGGAAGAUUGAGGAGGAUAAUGAAGUGCUGCUGAUGAUUAAAACAAGAAGUUCCAAGGUGCCUGCUCUUGCUGAGUAUGUCCGCUCUAACCAUCCUUAUGAGGUGGUCGAGGUCAUCAGCCUGCCUAUUGACCAGGGCAACCCACCUUACCUCAAGUGGAUAGGAGAAGUUGUGCCUGAGUAAGGGUGGACUGAUGGAGGAGUGGAAGAAUUAAUGGGUUUAAAAAUGAAUCUGAGAUCAUGUGAACUGUCACUCUUUUCAAAUACACAUUACCUUCCAAAUGUACAUUGUUGUUAUUGUUAACUAUAACACCAAGGCAAUACAAAGUGCCAAUCAGGAGAUUUAGUUUAAGUAUAACAUUUGGUGUUUUGAAAAGAAUACAAUUAAUAUUUUCUUAAAUAUUUCUUAUUUUGCUUUUCCGUCAACAAGUUGAGGCUUGUGUAUUUGUUCUUCUAGUGUGUUUACCACUAGAGGGCAGUCUUGGUUUCUCAUUUUCAAAAUUAACUACAGUAGGUGCAGAAUAAACUGUUCAGCUUUGA